AUGGCAGCUACAGUACGCACACGGCGAAUGGCUGCUGUGUGUUGCGUACACAGAGCCAACGUCGCCAAAAGCAACAGGUGGCUAAUGGAAAAAGACCUGCAAACUUUGGCAGUAGACUUGGAUUUUCCUACAUCUAACCACGAAGGCCGUUGA